UGUUGAGGGCCGGCAUGCUUUUAAUUUGAAAAACCAUAAAAGAACACACUCGAUUUACUUCUGUAAACCAUAAACCAGCAGUGGGAUUCAUGGCUGGAAUAACUAAAGCAAUGUCGAAGUUUCGUUUAGCUGUAGUGCAAUUGCAUGUGACAAAGGUGAAGGCUGACAACCUGAGCAGAGCCAAGAGGCUGAUCACAGAGGCGUCGGGACAAGGAGCCAAGGUGGUGGUACUGCCAGAAUGCUUCAACUCUCCUUAUGGGACUGGUUUCUUCCCGGAGUAUGCUGAGAGGAUCCCAGGAGAAUCCAGUCAGGUUCUGUCUGAAGCAGCCAAGGAGAAUGAGAUCUUCCUUGUUGGAGGGUCCAUUCCAGAGGAGGACCAGGGGAAGCUGUACAACACUUGCUCUGUGUUUGGGCCAGAUGGAAGCCUGCUCGUGAAGCAUAGAAAGAUUCAUCUCUUCGACAUUGACGUUCCAGGGAAGAUCCGUUUCCAGGAGUCUGAGACCCUUAGUCCUGGCAGCUGUCUGUCCAUGUUUGAUACACCUUUCUGCAAGGUUGGUGUGGGGAUCUGCUAUGACAUACGCUUUUCAGAGCUCGCACAGAUCUAUGCCAAAAAAGGUUGCCAGCUGUUGGUGUACCCGGGGGCUUUCAACAUGACCACUGGUCCUGCCCACUGGGAACUGCUGCAGAGAGGGAGGGCUGUAGACAACCAGGUGUACGUGGCAACGGCCUCCCCAGCUAGAGACGAGACGGCCUCAUACGUGGCCUGGGGUCACAGCACCGUAGUCAACCCCUGGGGAGAGGUGAUUACUAAGGCUGGAGCAACGGAAGAAGUUGUUUAUGCUGAUAUAGAUCUCCAGUAUCUGGCUGAUGUCCGCCAACAGAUCCCCAUCACAGCACAGAGGAGGAGCGACCUGUACAGCGUAGACACUGUGCAACACGGCUGAGGAAGUCCAGGCAAACAACCAGCUGGAGCUCAGUGAAGUUAGUUACUGUGAAUGUGCACCUUCAAUAACUGGAGCUGUUGUUCUAAAUUGUGCACAGCACUGUUUAAUGUUUUGCAGUGUAAUUGAAAGCAGGCAUACAAAGUGUCAAGACACGAUGCAUUUUUAAUUAAAUGGAAAACGGUGCCUUUAAUGAUGAGAAAAUAAUGCACAUUGUUUUGAAUUAAAACAGUGAAUAGCAGUGUUCUGGGCUUGUAUCAAGAAAGAAGAGGCAAUUUAGUGUUAGUCGAUGGCAGUAACAGCUUUCACAUAAUAAAAUCGUUUUUUUUAAAUUCUGGUUAGAAAGACCCUUAGGACAUGAACCAUGAACUGUGACAGAGUAAGUCACACUUAAGUCUUGAAAUGUUUCUCUGUCUGUUACCCUUCAAAGGGAUGUGACUUUGCCACGGUCAUGAAUUUCAGUAAAGUGUGAAUUUGUGAUUAUGUA